AUAUAACUGAACUCGAGCUUAUCAGCAGCACACCUAUUCAUUAUUAAUAUGGCACAAUUUGAUUCUCAAAUUCAGUUUAUUUUCCGACACGCAGCAAGGAACAAGUCUCAAACACAAUGGAAAUACAGGGCGGGUGCAAAUCUUUUCUUUCCUUAUGUUUCCUAGUUUUGGCAACAGUCGCAGUGAGUGAUGUGAUUUCUACGGACGCGGACAAUCAAUGCGAAUCAUGUUGCUUCAGGGCUCUCAAACCAUUUAUAGCGGAAUCAGAGCAGAAAAUGGAGAAGAUUCAACGCUGUGACGCUGUGCUCGCUGCGAAAGAAGAGCAAAUUCAGAAACUACAAGAGAAAUUGAAUGCCAUGCAACUAAAGGUAUCUAUUCACAAUAAUCUCGAGAAUAUGCACAAUGAAAAAAUCAAGUAUAAAGCUGAACUAUAUGCGGCCUCGAGCGAGAAGAGUUGCAGCGAGAAUAACAAGCGUCUGAUCGAGUCUCUGAGCGCCCAAAUACAUGAAAACACUGAGACUCUAAGAGUGCUGAUAACCCAAAUGACCAAUUCAAAUAGUACACGUCACCUUCAAAAUCGGGAAACUGAAAGAUUAAUGCAAGAGGAAUCCAUGCAUUGCGUGCCUUUUAAGAGCUUUUGUAACACUUCCACAAGUAUCCAAUCAAUUGAUGUUGUCGGCAUCGGUCCGGUUUCGGUGCUCUGCGAUUUUGAGACUGCCGGACCCGGCUGGACAGUGGUGCAGCGUCGCUUCAAUGGCACCGUUGAUUUUUUCAGAGACUGGUCUGAGUAUCGCAGUGGCUUUGGGGACUUGGAAGGGGAGUUCUUCAUGGGCCUGGAGAAACUACACCGCAUGACGAAUUCUGUGCAGUGUGAGCUGUAUAUCAAAUUGGUCGAUUUCCACAAUGUUGUUCGCUACGCACACUACGAUAAUUUCCGUAUAGGCAGCGAGGAGGAGCACUAUAUGCUCAAGUCACUGGGAACAUAUUCGGGAAGUGCCGGCGAUGCCUUGAGUUACAACCUGAAUGACAGCUUCACAACCUAUGACCGGGAUAACGAUGCUUGGAGCAAUGGCAAUUGUGCCAAUUAUUACCACAGCGGCUGGUGGUACAAUUUCUAUGGAAAUAGCAAUCUCAACGGUAAAUAUCUUGAUCGUGAAAAACAUGAUGAGAAAAGCAUUUGGUGGUAUAAUUGGAAGGGAUACAAGUCACUGAAAUCUGUUCAGAUUAUGAUACGACCUAUUUAACUUAAAUACAGUGUACAGAAAGAGAUUAAAAUUCAAUAAAAUACAUAUGUACUGUAUA